AUGGCCAACAAGACCGUCGGCGAUGCUGGCACCGUCCACGGCGCCAACCCACAGUUUUUGGUCGAGAAGAUCAUUCGCACUCGUAUCUACGACACGCUCUACUGGAAGGAGCACUGCUUCGCGCUGACCGCGGAAACCGUUAUCGACAAAGCGGUACAGCUGGACCACAUUGGCGGUGUCUAUGGGGGCAGCAUCAAACCUACCCCCUUCCUCUGCCUGACUCUCAAGCUGCUUCAAUUGGCACCAGACAAAGAUAUCAUUUAUGCCUAUAUCGCUGCCAAAGACUUCAAAUACUUGCAGGCUCUUGGUGUUUUCUAUCUACGUUUGGUGGGCACCGCCAAGGAGUGCUACUCGUAUCUCGAACCUUUUCUCGAGGACUUCCGCAAGCUGCGUCAUAUGAAGCGUGAUGGGCAGUACGAACUUAUGCACAUGGAUGAGUUUGUGGACCAGCUGUUGCGAGAGGACCGCGUGUGCGACAUUAUCUUACCUCGUCUGAUGGUUCGAAUGCAACCGACAUUUUUUUCUGACGUCUUGCUCUGA